UCAAAUUUCAACAUAGUUCAUUCAAUACCAAUGAUGCCGCGAAAACUAGAUUAUGCAGGAUAACUCUAACACAACAUUCUCUGUUAGUUUGAUUAUGUUUCAAAGACAGAGAAACUGCUGGACCGAAAUUAUUUGAAAGCAAAAAAAGCCCACUCCUUGGAGCAAUUUGAGAAGCCAGCAGAUCGCGUUGAAACCAGCCCAAAGCCCCAGGUGACUCGGCGCCAAGCAACAGAACCAUCAACACCAAAAGCGACAAUAAAAAUGGUCUCGUCCACAUCACCACCAUCUACAUCAAGAGUGGCAACAUCAACAGCAUCUACAUCAAGAGUGGCAACAUCAACAAUAUCUACAUCAAGAAUGACAACAAAUGAUGUUUCUACUAAAACCAUACCACAUUCAACACCGAGAGAUACAACAAGAAAUCAUUCAACUGCAUCCACAUGCGCACGGCCUACCCCGGGCGGAACAAGAAUGGUUUCAUCGACAUCAGCUCAGCCUACACUGACCGGGACAAGAAUAGUCUCAUCGACAGGUUCCUGCAACACCAGUGAGGCUCCACUUGGGGUAGAGGAUGGAAGGAUAAAGAAGUAUCAGAUGAUAUCAUCAACUGAACAAACUGGAUUUUCUGCAUCAAAAGGAAGACUAAACGGCGCAGACUCUUGGCGUCCCGCAAGUAAUGAUCAGAACCAAUGGCUCCAAGUCGAUCUUGGCAAAAAGGAACUUGUUACAGCGAUUGCCACUCAAGGUUUUGGUAAUAGUUGGGUGAAGACUUAUUCGAUCUCUUACGGUGUGGAUAAAGAAAACCUCACUUCAUACAAAAUUAAUGCAACUCAGAAGGUAUUCGCUGGAAAUUAUGACAAAAGUUCUGUCGUGACAAAUCUCUUAUAUCCAGCAAUAAAUGCGCGUUAUAUUCGCAUACACCCAGUGUCUUGGUUUAGUCACAUAUCCUUGAGAAUCGAAGUUAUUGGUUGCUACACAGGUUUUUGCAACAUCAGUGAGGUUCCACUUGGAAUAGAGGAUGGAAGAAUAAAGAAUUUUCAGAUGUCAUCAUCAACUGAUAAAAAUGGAUUUUCUCCAUCAAAAGGAAGAUUAAACGGUGCAGACUCUUGGCGUCCCACAAAUAAUGAUCAGAAUCAAUGGCUCCAAGUCAAUCUUGGCAAAAAGGAGUUUGUUACAGCGAUUGCUACUCAAGGUUCUGGUAAUGCUUCUUGGGUGGAGACUUAUUCCUUGUCUUACGGUGUGCAUAAAGAAAACCUCACUUCAUACAAAAUUAAUGCAACUCAGAAGGUAUUCGCUGGAAAUUAUGACAAGAAUUCUGUCGUGACAAAUCUCUUAUAUCCAGCAAUAAAUGCGCGUUAUAUUCGCAUACACCCAGUGUCUUGGUUUAAUCAAAUAUCGUUGAGAAUCGAAGUUAUUGGUUGCUACACAGGUUCUUGCAACACCAGUGAAGUUCCACUUGGAGUAGAGGAUGGAAGAAUAAAGAAUUCUCAGGUGUCAUCAUCAACUGAAAAAAAUGGAUCUUCUACAUCAAAAGGAAGAUUAAAUGGUGCAAACUCUUGGCGUCCCGCAAAUAAUGAUCAGAACCAAUGGCUCCAAGUCGAUCUUGACAAAAAGGAACUUGUUACAGCGAUUGCCACUCAAGGUUCUGGUGAUGGUUGUUGGGUGAAAACUUAUUCGAUCUCUUACGGUGUGGAUAAAGAAAACCUCACUUCAUACAAAAUUAAUGCAACUCAGAAGGUGUUCGAUGGAAAUACGGACGAAAAUUCUGUUGUGACAAAUGUCUUAUCACCAGCUGUAACAGCUCAUUAUAUCCGCAUACACCCAAAGACAUGGAACAUUCACAUUUCUUUGAGAGUGGAACUUUAUGGUUGUCAAAGAGUGAAAGCAAUUCCUUGCAAAACUGGUGAAAAGACACUUGGCGUGGAAGAUAAGAAUAAAGUUAAAGAUUCGCAAUUGACUUCUUCGAGUUAUUGGAACACAUUGACCUCAGCAGCGAGUGGACGAUUGUACAACGUUGGAGAAUGGGGAAAAAAAUGGAUAGCAGGGUGGAUAGCAGGAGUAAACGAUAGGAACCAGUGGAUACAGGUUGAUCUUGGCAAGAAGGAAGUUGUCUCCGGGAUUGCCACUCAGGGAGGAUAUUAUUAUAUUCAAUAUUAUAAUUUACAAAAUUUUUUUCAUUUUUGUUGGGUGAAGACCUAUUCUGUGACGCAUAGUUUGAAUGGAACAACAUUCGAAUCUUACAAAGAUAAGAUAUUUGAUGGGAAUAGUGACUGGAAUACCAUUGUGAAGAAUGUUCUGUCUCCACCAAUCACUGCUCGUUAUAUUCGUAUACAUCCAGAGUCUUGGGAUACCUACUUGUGUAUGGGAAUUGAGCUUUAUGGUUGUUUCUGAGCCCUGCACCUGGUGAAUCUUACGAAGCAGUUGAAUAAUUAUAUAAUUAGUAGAUGAUCAGUGAAUGACCAGUUUGUGAAUUUUAUAAGAGAUAAGAAUAAGUUAGUCAUUAGCAAUGUAGUGACAUCAAAUA